UCUAUCCAUCAUUCAAUCUGUGAUGGUGCGCGACCACAGGUGUAUUCAUGGGAAAAUAAACACCUUAUCACCUCUUCUUCACAUGUGAUUCUUUGAUUUUGAAUUUAAAAUAGGAAUCGAAAGUUAUUUGGUGCUUUUUUUUGUUCAACAAAUAUCAACUUUUUUAUCCGAAUCUAAAACAUUGUGGAUUUUUUUUAAUGGAUAAUCAAAUCAACAUUGUGAUUUUUUCUUACAAUCAAAUGGAUAUUUUGUGAUAAGUGAAAGAAGAGAGUUGAAUGCAUAUUUUAUUAUAAAGUUUUACGAAAUAAUAUAUAUUUAUUGUACAGUAUUAAUAUACAAAAAUUUUCACUUUUGGAAACGUUAGGAAUUAACUGUUACGAAUUAUUAAAUAUAUAUAUUUAUAGAAAAGGAACCUAUUUCUGUGAUUAUUACCAAACCAUGGCUCUUUCAAUCGGUUUGUGAAGGAAACUUUAGUAAUGUACAACGGCGUGAGUUACCAUAACAACGACGAAGGCUGGGGUAUGGUGUAUCCCCAUUAUUAUAAGUAUGAUUCGUAUACGGAUGAAAAUCCCAUGAAAUCUGCAUGGGCUCCAUCUGAGGGUGGUGGAGGAGGCGGAGGAACUAGUGAUGAUAGUCUACCGCCGGCUAUGGAUGCUGACGAAGAUCCAGAAUCACCCAUGCCGGUCCAGGCCUCGAAAAGUGGCGGUCGGGCAUCGGGCGGUGGGAAGGCGGCUACGAAUGCAGCGUUGGAACAGAGGAUUCGUCGGCCCAUGAAUGCCUUUAUGGUAUGGGCGAAGAGCGAACGAAAACGACUCGCUGAUGAAAACCCCGAUAUGCACAACGCUGAUCUCAGUAAACUUCUUGGUAAAAGAUGGCGAAGUUUAACUCCAGCUGAAAGACAACCCUAUGUUCAAGAAGCAGAGCGUCUCCGACAGCAACACCAAAAAGAUUAUCCUCACUACAAAUAUCGACCUCGCAGAAGAAAGAGUACUAAACGAGCAACAACAGCGCCACCUACUAAGGGAGCACAAAACUCAUCAGCUUCACAAGCAGCUGGAAGUACGGGUACACCAUCACCCAGGUCCAUGUAUCCCAAUGGCUACAAUUCUUCUUACGAAUCUCCAAUGGUGUACACUCCUCAGCAGACUACUAAUAUAAACCUCAACACUAUGGGUAGAAUCGGAUUUCAAAAUCAGUCACCCAACUGCGACUUUUUUGGUGUUCAAACACCAGAAUGUUCUCCAAACGGCAGUCCCGACAAUGAUGGAACUCUAGGAGGAAAAUUCAUAAAACGAGAAGCUUCUUUUGGUUUUGAGUACCCCCAAGAGAAAAAUCCCAACUCCCGAUUAGAAACUGUAAGAAGUUUACCAACACCGGAUAUGUCACCACCUCAAAAUGAACAAGAUUUGUGCAAUCGUUUGGCCAUGCAAAGAAAGGAAGUGAGUCAAGGGCGAGCCUCAAAUGACACCUUGAUCCAACUCAUGUCUCAGUUCGGUGGAACAUCAAACUACUUGAAAGACAUUCGACCCCCUUAUAGACUUCCUAUGAGACUAGCUACCUCUACACUCCAGGCUCUCUCUGCUGCUUCAAACAAUUCAGUUUACACCUUUUCUGAAUCUGGACAGCCCACCCUUGUGCAAUCAGUUUCUGGCGCUGAUAACCAGCGUCGUGAUUUUUAUCACUCCUCGUCUUCCAUGUCACCCACCCAUAGUCCAUCAACCUCGACAUCCGAUCGAAAUAGUCCUUUUCCAACUACUAGCCAUCUCUAUAGUGCCCUGAGCAGAUCACCAGGCUAUAAGCACUUAGGCUCAUACUCUUCCAAUGCUAUAGAUUCUAGAACAUUCUCAUCAGUUCCACAAAUUAAAGUUGAAGCUGAAGAAUAUAACUCCGAUCCUGAACAUCAGCUUCAGUUUAUGCCAACCUACGGAUCAUCUUCAUCAUACCCAAACAACCCACCAAAUUCCAGCUUUGGGUGCAACUACCCAACUCAGAACUCGACUGAUUCCUCCUUGAUCAUGAACAAAAAUACUCAACUUAGUGAUGGAACCAGUUACAACCCAAUAAAUUCAUCAGAUGCUUCAUUUACGGCCGAUAUCUUCGGAGAUAUCGAUGGGAGAGAAUUAGAUCGAUAUUUGACAGGAGUUACAACUUCCUUCCCUUCAUCCACCGAGUCAAACAGUGUUAUGUCGGGCGCUCCGAUUUCAUUACGUUCUCGUUUGCAACAAGGACUUAGAAAUGCGGACUAUGGUGGCCAAUUCCAGGAUUAUUCGAGACCUAUGUAUGGAAGUACCCUGACGGAUGCUCCUUCUAGACAAAAUAGCCUGCAUCUUGGAACUGAAGAAGAGGGUGAUACCAUGACUGAAGCUUUUGCCGCCCUACGAUCCAUUAUCAGUUAGCAAAAACCAAAGAUACAUAAAGAAACAGCAAUAAGUAUUUUUAUUAUUCUUGAAACUGUGAUUAAAUAGUUGUUGUCGAAUGUUGAUCAGUGCAAAGAGAACUUUAUAUGAACCUUAUCAUGAUUUUUUCUUCCAGAACUGUUAUAUUUAAAAAGCAAGGAUAUUGUUUUAAGUUCAACCAAAUACUUCCUAAGACAAUUUGAUUGAUAUUGUUGUAGAAAUGAUGAUUAUCAUUGAUUAAUUUCUUCAUUGACAAAGGAAAAAUUGGAAUUCUAGCUUAUUGUUGAUGUGUUUAACAUUGUUGUAAAUAUGCAACGUAAACCUGGUGAAUUCAUUGCAAUUGUACAUAUUAUAUCCAUUCCGUGAUAUUCAUUGUAAGUGCCUUGAUUCGUUAUAAUUUUAGUUUAUUUCUAAAAUGUUCAUCAAUGUGCUAUAGAACACUAUAUCACUUUUUGUUAAAAUGUAAUGAUCUUUAAAACAUAUAAUGUGCCUCAUAUAUACAAUUAUUCUGAAUGUUAAUAAUUAACCAGUUGCCUUAUAAAUGAAUGAUUUUUUACCACUACAAAUAAC